CAUAACCUACUGAGCUUGGUCGGAAAACCGUGGGAGCUCGAUUUGCGUUGUCCCUUUAGUGAAAGGCUUUGUACGUUCAACACAACAGUGAAGAUUGUAAGACAUUAAAAAUAUCGAGGGAACGUAUGCAGGCCCCCGUCUGACCUCUCACCUUCAUCUCUACCAAGUCGGCACUCCACUAGGGGAUUUGGGGCAGAUGGACCAGUCAUCAGAAGAACUUGGAGUUGACACAUCUACUGAUCAGGGUGAAGGCAGCAACGCUCAGCCUGAACGUUCUCAAGUUGGUUCAGUGGAAGAUGAGCUUGAUGGACUUCCUGUCUUUGGGGCAGAUGAAGAUGAUUGGGAUGUGGACUUUAGCUCCAAUCACAAAGUUUACUCUCGGAUAGUUAGGAACAAUGACGAUAAGAAUGAAAGUCAAGAUGGAGCGCCGACUAGUGGUGCAGAUGCAGAAGAGAAUAGUACCUCUUUCAGUGGAGCCUCAGAAAUGGAUGUUGAGACAGCAAAAGCUUCUGAGGACAACCCAGUCACCCCCUCAUCAGACACUAUAAUAGAUAUCCAGGACGUACAGUCUGAAAUGAGGAUUGAGGGAUUACAAAGUGGUGCAAGCCAGGAUCCUCCAGCGGAAGGCACAGAUAGAGAAAUAACUUGCUCACCAAUAAGAAUUAAGGACGAGCCGAUAGAUGAAGACUAUGAUAAAGCUUUAAUGCCCCAGUCUGACAUCAGUCGUAUAAAAGAGGAACUGGACAAUAUUGACAAUGAGGCUUCUUCUCCAUCAGAUGAGCUGAGGAUCAGCUCUGUUUUCUCUGUUAGAGGAAAUAGCAGUGAUGCAGUUUCCGCUUCUGUGGGACCCUCCCAUUCAUCUUCAUUCUCAGUUAUGUCUACUGCUUCACUCAGAGGGACCACUAUAGUUCUGCCAACCCAACCCCAACCUCAGCUUCAUCUGCGGGUGCAGCCCAGGCCACAGAUGGCUCCCCAAAUGCAGUCCCAUCCCCGGAUACAGAUGCCAAUGCUGUCCCAAGCUCACCUCCAGCCGCCACCCCAGCAUCAGUUCCAUGCCCCUCCACCCACCGUGAGGAUCUGCUGCUCAGGCUGCUCUAAAGUCUUGCAGAAGGGUCAAACUGCGUUCCAGCGAAAAGGCUCCAAUCAGCUGUUUUGCUCCACUGUUUGUCUUACUAGUUUCAGUUUACCCUCGGUUCAGUUUACCCCUAUUAUCGCACCCAAGAAAACCUGCCACCUCUGCCUUAAGGUCAUUGUAAAUCUAAAAGACUUGAUAACCAUCCCCGUGGGCUCUAUGAACACACUUAAGGAAUUCUGCAGCCCAGCCUGUCUAAAUAUUUAUAAAAAUCGAUUUGAAGACGCUCCUCCGGACUUAUUCACACAAUGCAACGUGUGUAAGUUGGUCAAAGAGAUCCAGCAUGAAGUGACUCAUCUUGGUGUUGUUCACAAGCUGUGCAGCGAUGAAUGCUUUGCACGCUUCCGAUCCUCAAGAAACCUCUACAUGAGCUACUGUGAGAACUGUGGCAACUGUACAGCCUCAGGAAAUUAUCACCUGGUUCAGAUAGAGGAUAGUAUUAAAAAGUUCUGCUGCACGGAAUGUAUCAGCACUUACAAACAGAAGAGUGGCAAGAGGCUUAUGUGUCCCAGUUGCAAAGAAAUCAAAAAUAUGGAUCAGAUGGUGGACGGCACAAACAUACAGGGUGUGACGGAAUUCUUCUGCUCCCACAAAUGCGUGUCCAUGAGUCAAGCAUCUCCCAGUCUGACCGGAACCUCUUUCCCAUGCACAACCUGCAAAAAGAUGGCUAUUCCUCAGUAUCACCUUGCCAUUUCUGAUGGAUCCAUCAGGAACUUCUGCUCUCUAGAUUGUGUGGGCAAAUUCCAGGAGAAAAUGAAUCCACCUGUACCUCAUAACCAGAUGAAUGGGAAUUCUCAUGGACCUCAGAGCACUGCAGCACAACGGUCCUCCACUGACCAUCACUUGCCCUUACAGACUUCUUCAACUAGUGUGCUUGGCCCAAACCACAACCCUCCUCCACCUUUUGUACCAAGUCAAAAUCCAGUUCCAUCUUAUGUACCUGCUCCUGUUCUGGUAAACCCUCAAGAAACCCAGCAGCAAUGGCCCAGCAAGCCCCCCUCUUCCUCUGAGAAGAUUCGACUGACAUGCAAGCAGUGUCAGAGUCAGUUUGGUACAAAGCCUGAGGUUUUCCAAUUUAAGGGUCACUCAGGGUUGUUCUGCUCUCGAGUGUGUUGUGACACGUAUAAGAGGGAAAGCAAGGUGAAAGCUGAGUGUGCGUACUGCAAAGAAGAGCGUGUGAUCAAAGACAUCAUGUCAUAUGAAAAGCAAGCCAGAUAUUUCUGCUGUGAAGGGUGCAAACUGCUUUUUAAGCAUGACCUCGCUAAACGACAUGGAGGUCAAUGCCGGGUUUGUGCCUACUGUCAAAACAUGACCCACAAAACCAUUCAGAACUUCUUUGGGGGCAAGCUGGAGGAGUUUUGCGCAGAAGAGUGCAUGUCCCUCUACACCGUGCUCUUUUAUGAGAUGGCCAAGUGUCAUGGCUGUAAGAAUCAGGGCUCACUCAAGGAAAGUCUCGUCUGGGAUGGAACUACACAACACUUCUGUAAUCUGUCCUGUUUGCUACUGUUCUGUUCAAAAAGUGUCGGACAUCAUCAGCCAGCAAGCAACGGGACUGUAUCUACAUCCACUACAGUUCAAGCUCCUCUAUCUCUUUCGAAGGACAUGCCUGUUAUUGGUGGUGUAGUGUCACUGGCCUCCACAUUACCUGGAAACACUGCACUCACAGGAGCUCUCCCUACCUCUAAUGCCAGCUCAAAAAACAUUGGGGAAGCCAGCACACAAACUGAUGCUGCUGUGCCUGCUAGUCCAUAUCGAAGAAUGUUGAAGAACAAAGCUCUGAUGUGCAGACCCAUCACUGAAGAGCAAGCAGUCCAAUGUGAGCCAGAGCCUCCAGCACCUCCAAAUCUGCCUGGAACAGUGAUUGAAGAAAAUGGAGAAAAGGUGAGGUUGGUGCCAGUGCCGGUGCCCAUUCCAAUGCCAGUCUACAUCCCAGUGCCAAUGCAUCUGUAUACCCAGUACACACCAGUUCCGCUGGGACUACCUCUACCGGUGCCUGUUCCUAUGGUCAUCCCUGGAUCUCAAGACACUCCUGAAUCAAAAGACACUAAAUGCAGCCUGCCUGCUCAGAGCUCUGUGGAAGAAGAUGAGGUGGAAAAGGGGAAAGACAAGCCUGUUUUACAUGACCAGGGCAGCACGUACAGUGCAGAUCUAGAGUCAGAGGCCAGAUCAACACCCUUCAGCUGGGCAGAUAAUGAGGAUCCUGGAGCCAACGUAAAGCCAUUGGUCCCAUCAGCAGAACUAGAGGAGCCGGUAGUUGCUCCUACCGCUCCUACUGCUCCUCCUCCUACCACUCCUACCACAUCUUUGUCGCAAGAACAGCCAGAUUUGGAAAACGAUUUCCCCCGAAUAUCAGCUGACCCUGGAACAUCUAAGGAGAACAGACUGAUAUUGACACUGAAGCGACGCAGGAAAGGCAGAGACAGCCACUCUCCCAGAAAAAGGGGUCGUAAGCGAUCUGGAACAGAUGCCUCUGGCGCUGUUUGGCUCAGCUCCUCCAGCUCAAAACUGAACCAAAUGUACGGAGUUGAAGCCUGGGCAAGCUGGGUGCAGAAGAGAAUGGGACAAACAGACAGUGAGGAGGACCAAGAGUCUUCAAGCCUCACGACUAUAAAGAAGGAUGUGUUGCAGUGCAGCUCUGCUGAGCUCAGUUACGGUCUGUGUCGUUUCAUCAAAGAGGUCCGCAGGCCAAACGGCAAAGCUUAUGAACCAGAUAGCAUCUACUACCUGUGCCUGGGCAUUCAGCAGUGCCUUCUCGAAAAUGGUCGUCUUGAGAAUAUCUUCACAGAUUCCCUCUAUAAUCAGUUCACCACAGAGAUCACCACACUGCUGAAAGACUGGGGAAAUACUUUGCCACCUGGGGGGUAUAUACACUCACGGGUUGAGGAGGAGUACCUUUGGGAGUGCAAGCAAUUGGGGGCCCUAUCUCCUAUUGUUCUGCUCAACACGCUGCUGUUUUUUGGAGCUAAACUGCUCAACCUCAAAACGGUUGAGGAGCAUCAACACCUCGCAUUCUCUAAUGUCACCAACUGCUCAAAAAUGACCAAAAAGGGCAAGACCUCUUAUCUUAAGUUCAGACUACCUAGCAAGGAAGAAGGCAUGGACAAGAAAGCACCGGUUAAAAGGAGGAGAGAAGAAGAAACAGUGGAUGAUGAAUUUAUGGAGAUGCUUGAGAACUCCGAGAACCCGUUGCGCUGUCCCGUUCGACUGUACGAGUUCUAUCUCUCUAAAUGCUCAAACUCCGUCAAGCAGCGUCCAGACCUGUUCUACCUGCAGCCUGAGAGUUCCUGCCACCCCAGCAGUCCUGUGUGGUACUCAGCCGAGCCAUUGGACAGUUCCAUGAUGGAGAGCAUGCUCACACGCAUCAAAGCUGUAAGGGACAUUCACCUGGACUCUAAGCAGCAAAAGUCCCAGGACUCGUCAGAUGAAGAGAGUUCUUAAUGAGAACCCAAAAACUGCUCAUUAGAAGAAGGACAUUGCUUUUAAAAAAGAACAAAUUUUGGAACUCCCCAGACUUCAAAAGGAGCAAAGAAAAACCAAUCAUGAGACUGAACUUGAAAGAAGCAAAAGAUACGCAGGAAAGCCAAUCGUGAGACAUUUAAUGGCAUCUACUUUUAUUCUAACGGAAUGGGAGGCAAAGAGCAAGUUAUGACCGUUUAAUUUGAGACUGUUACUGUUGUAGAUUUCCUCUUCCCCAUGUGGACACUCACCAGACAUUCCUCAAGUCAUCUUCUCUAUGUCAUUAUUGUUAAAGACCAGUGUAAGAUGGAAAAUGAAGAGGAAAAUUGUUUGGUUUUUAUUUAGAUUGCAUCAUAGUAGACACAUUGCAGUAGACGUUGUUUCUCAGUAUUCUGAAUUAUAUAGCGGAAUCUUUUUAUGUUUAAACAUUCUUUGUCAUUGUUGGUGACCUUUGGAAAAUAUAUUAAUUCUCAGACGUA